GUGAGCCGAGAUUGCACCAUUGCACUCUAGCCUGGGUGACAGAGCGAGACUCCAUCUAAAAAAAAAAAGGCAUGUUUGAAUGGUGGGGCAUAUUUGUCAUGUUCUCUGUACAACGAUAGAGGGAGAAGUAAUUGAGCUAGACCUUGACCAAUUUGGGACUAUGAGAGACAGAAUGGCCUAGAUGGGUGACUAAAGGUGUUCAGGGGAUGAUAGGUAUCCCUUUUGGACUAAGGACUACUGAUGGGGCUAAGUAGAUAAGGCUUGAAGGAGAACAGCCUGGGAAGGAUGAGACAAGAGGUAGGGAAACUGGUCAGACCACUGCUGUGGUCUGACCCAGAGUGGUGGCCCUGGAGGAGUAGAGGGUGGCUGUCUGAGAUGGAGGAGAGGUGAAGGAAUCAGAACUAGUGGGUUCAUAGGGCACGUGGGUUAGAAAGGAAAAAUAUCAUUAAGACAGUGAGGUUUCCAAGAUGGAAAUGGUAGCUUUGAUAACAAAAUUAGACAAGUUGGAGGGCUUACUAGCUAGAUUAGGCACUGAGCUGUAGGUGAAACUGGGAAUAUGAACCACUGGGAAAGACGGGUGGGCUCGAGCAGGGUGUGUGGGAUGAAAGAGAGAGGUCAGAAAAGGGAGAAUUAUCAUAGGUCAGAGUUUCCAGGCAAGAGAAUCCUAAGUGAGAGGUGGUCAUGGGGGAUACACCUUGGCUCUGGCCAUCUCUGGGGCCUUGGUGAGAAAGAUGAGCCAGCCCAGGGAUGGGGAGAGGAAUGGGUGGGUGGCUGGGUAGAGGUCCCAGGUCCUGGAGGCAGACUGAGGGGCAGGCACGGAUAACUGAGUAUGUUUGAUGGGAAGCAGUAGAGCCUCCAAGGGGUGGGGUGGGUGGUGACCCUGAAUCUCAGUAGUGAAGAGAGAGACUUCUUCUUUCUGGCAAGUUUUAUAUUAGCAUCUAUUUUUCAUUUUUUCUUUUAAAGAUAUAUAAUCAUGUGCCACACAGUGACGUUUCAGUCAGUGACAGACCAGACCACAUGAAGGAUAGUGGUCCCAUAUUUUUACUGUACCUUGUCUAUGUUUAGAUACACAAAUAACAUUGUGUUACAGUUGCCUAUAGUAUUCAGUACUGUGAUAUUGUGAAAUAUAUAUUUGGUCUUGUCUCAUUUCUUGGCAUGCAACUUCUAAAAUCUUUGGACUCUCCAGAGUGAUGCCUUUUUGUAUGCUGGCCAGCAGCCCCUAGGUAGCUUCAGGAUGGGAGCUGGUGACAGGAAAGGCCAAGGCAGGCAUAGGAGGGUUGGGACUUUCAGCCUCACCUCUCAACCUCCGGAGAAGGGAGACAGGCUGAAGAUUAAGUUUAUCACCAAUGGCCAGUGAUUUAAUCAGUCAUGCGUACAUAAUGAAGCUUCCAUAAAAAUUCUAAAUGACUGGGUUUGGAAAACUUCUGGAUAGUUGAACACGUGGAGGCUCCUAAAGGAUGAUGUUCCUGGAGAGGGCCUGGAAGCUCUGCACCACUUCCCACAUGUCUGGCCCCAUGCAUCUCUUCAUCUGUAUCCUUUGCAAUACCCUUUAUAACAAACCAGUAGACAUGAAUAUUUGCCUGAGUUCUGUGAGUCGCUCUAACAAAUUAAUUGAACCCAAGAAGGGGAUCUUGGGAACCCCAAUUUAUAGCCUAUUGGUCAGAAGCACAGGUGAAACAACCUGGGAGACUCAGCCCUCAACCUGUGGGAUCAGACACUGUCUCCAGGUAGAUAGUGUUAGAGUUGAAUUAGCGCAGGGGUCCCCAACCCCCAGGCCUCAGACCUGUAUCAGUCCGUGGCUGGUUAGGAACCAGGUGGCACAGCAGGAGGUGAGCGGAGGGCGAUCCAGCACUACCACCUGAGCUCCACCUCCUGUCAGAUCAGAGGUGGCAUCAGAUUCUCAUAGGAGCACAAACCCUGUUGUGAACCGUGCAUGUGAGGGGUCCAGAUUAUGUGCUCUGAAAGAGAAUCUAGCUAAUGCCUGAUAAUCUGAGGUGGAACAGUUUGAUCCCGAAACCAUUCCCCGACCCCGUGGAAAAAUUGUCUUCCACAAAAGUGGUCCCUAGUGCCAAAAAGAUUGGGGACUGCUGAAUUAGAAGACACCCAGCUGGUAUCUGUGGCAGAAUUGAUUGCUUGCUUGUUAAUGGGGAAAAACCCUCACACAUUUGGUCACAGAAGUCUCCUGUGUUUGUUGUUGUGGUAUAAGAGGAGAGGAAAAACAGUGUGUUUUUUUCAUUCAGAACUACAGUAACAUGCUGUACAAGUAUGUAGCUUAGCAGCAAUUGGCUGUACCUUAUGGCCUAGAUGUGUAGUAGUCUCUACCAUCUAGGUUUGUGUAGGUGUGCCCUGUGAUGUUCACACACUGAGGAAAUUGCCUCCAGCGAUGCAUGUCUCAGAAUGUAUCCCCAACAUUAAGUGAUGCAUGACCGAAGGUAGUUGGAGAAUAAACAUAUUUUGGGGAGAGGAAAGUAGGAUGAAGUGAGGUGGAGAAGACAGAUGUUCACAUCUUGUAGCUGACUGUGCUGUGCCUAUAGAGCCUACAGCUUGGCCAUGCCUUGCAGUGUGGGACUGGCCACUCCCUGACCUGAGCAGCUGGCUAUCCACAGUCACUUUUGGUUGGUCCAUGGCAAAAGUGCAUUUGCAGUAGGUUCGUUUUACUGGUUAGGUUUUAGAGGCUCCUAUUCAAAUCAGUUUGCGGUUUUUGAACGUACUGACUCAAUUAUUAGAAGAUAACCUUUAAUUUAAAAGGCAAUGCAGAUGAAUUUAAAUGCAUCAGGUUCAAUCACAGUUACUGUGCUUGACUCUCAGAAUUUCAGUAAAAGAAAGUAGGCCCUGGAAAUGCCACCCCCUUGGCACCCACCUCCCAGACUCCUGGCUCUGUGUCUCCUGACCACUACUCAGGCCACAGUGGUAAGCUGUGGCUGUCAGGAUGGCGGAGGAGCAGGAGUUCACCCAGCUCUGCAAGUUGCCUGCACAGCCCUCCCACCCACACUGCGUGAACAACACCUACCGCAGCGCACAGCACUCCCAGGCUCUGCUCCGAGGGCUGCUGGCUCUCCGGGACAGUGGAAUCCUCUUCGAUGUUGUGCUGGUGGUGGAGGGCAGACACAUCGAGGCCCAUCGCAUCCUGCUGGCUGCGUCCUGCGAUUACUUCAGAUCCCAGAAAUUAUCCAUUUCUGCUGUGAUUUCCUCAUGUCCUGGGUGGAUGAAGAGAACAUUCUCGAUGUCUACCGGCUGGCAGAGCUGUUUGACUUGAGCCGCCUGACUGAGCAACUGGACACCUACAUCCUCAAAAACUUUGUGGCCUUCUCUCGGACUGACAAGUACCGCCAGCUUCCAUUGGAGAAGGUCUACUCCCUCCUUAGCAGCAAUCGCCUGGAGGUCUCCUGCGAGACCGAGGUAUAUGAGGGGGCCCUUCUCUACCAUUAUAGCCUGGAGCAGGUGCAGGCUGACCAGAUCUCGCUGCACGAGCCCCCAAAGCUCCUUGAGACAGUGCGGUUUCCGCUGAUGGAAGCUGAGGUCCUGCAGCGGCUGCAUGACAAGCUGGACCCCAGCCCUUUGAGGGACACAGUGGCCAGUGCCCUCAUGUACCACCGGAACGAGAGCCUACAGCCCAGCCUGCAGAGCCCGCAAACGGAGCUGCGGUCGGACUUCCAGUGCGUUGUGGGCUUCGGGGGCAUUCACUCCACGCCGUCCACUGUCCUCAGUGACCAGGCCAAGUAUCUAAACCCCUUACUGGGAGAGUGGAAGCACUUCACUGCCUCCCUGGCCCCCCGCAUGUCCAACCAGGGCAUCGCGGUGCUCAACAACUUCGUAUACUUGAUUGGAGGGGACAACAAUGUCCAAGGAUUUCGAGCAGAGUCCCGAUGCUGGAGGUAUGACCCACGGCACAACCGCUGGUUCCAGAUCCAGUCCCUGCAGCAGGAGCAUGCCGACCUGUCUGUGUGUGUUGUAGGCAGGUACAUCUAUGCUGUGGCGGGCCGUGACUACCACAAUGACCUGAAUGCUGUGGAGCGCUACGACCCUGCCACCAACUCCUGGGCAUACGUGGCCCCACUCAAGAGGGAGGUGUAUGCCCACGCAGGCGCGACGCUGGAGGGGAAGAUGUAUAUCACCUGCGGCCGCAGAGGGGAGGAUUACCUGAAAGAGACACACUGCUACGACCCAGGCAGCAACACUUGGCACACACUGGCUGAUGGGCCUGUGCGGCGCGCCUGGCACGGCAUGGCAACCCUCCUCAACAAGCUGUACGUGAUCGGGGGCAGCAACAACGAUGCCGGAUACAGGAGGGACGUGCACCAGGUGGCCUGCUACAGCUGCACGUCUGGACAGUGGUCAUCCGUCUGCCCACUCCCUGCUGGGCACGGUGAGCCUGGCAUUGCCGUGCUGGACAACAGGAUCUAUGUGCUAGGUGGCCGCUCACACAACCGUGGCAGCCGCACAGGCUACGUGCACAUUUACGAUGUGGAGAAGGACUGCUGGGAGGAAGGGCCCCAGCUGGACAACUCCAUCUCAGGCCUGGCGGCCUGUGUGCUCACCCUGCCCCGCUCUCUGCUCCUCGAGCCACCCCGCGGGACCCCUGACCGCAGCCAGGCCGACCCGGACUUUGCCUCUGAGGUGAUGAGUGUGUCUGACUGGGAGGAGUUUGACAACUCCAGUGAGGACUAGGUUCCCCAUGCCUGGUGUCAGAGGGAAAGGAGGCUGGGGCAGCAGGGCAGUGAAACCCACGCAGCCUAGGCCAGAGCACUUUACUCCAGAGCAGGGCCCCUGCCCCUGUUGGCCACAGCUUACGGGCCCUGCCCUCUUUCUUCACACCAGCCCCUUGGCCAGCCUGCCGCAGGCAUCUCAGGGCUGUGCAGAUCCCAGGCUGUGGAUUACGUCACAGCAGGAACUGCUUCUGAAAGGCUUUGGCCUUCCUCAGUGAGCCCUGGAGGGGUUGGCCUUCUCUCCUCCCUGCCUAGAUCAGUCCUUCUCCAAAGGGACCUGGGAACUGGCAGCCUGGGCAGGGGGGCUGAGGCACGUGGUAGCCCUCUUUCUGUGAAUGGGGUGGGGCUGUGGGAGCAGCUGGGGUUGGAGGAUGAGAGCUCCUGAGGGGCAGAGGAGCAGAGAUGCAUCAGCUCACCUGGGACUGGCUCUGUGAUGAAAAGACCCCUCCCUCUGGGUUUUCAGACCCCAUGUUGUUGAUCAAUGAAAUAAAGCAUCUUACAGAAGGUGUUAACUGUU